AUGCAGCUGAAGCAGAAACCAGCAGAGGACAAUCCAAUCUUCUUGCCAUCUGAUCCUGAGUACGACUGGCUGAUGGCAAAGAUUUUUGUCAGAAGUGCAGAUUUCAGUGAGCWCCAGCWCAACGUUCACCUGCUGCGCACUCACCUGCUGGCUGAGGUCUUCGCAGUGUCACUGUUGCGCAACGUGCCCAUGGUGCAUCCUCUCCACAAGCUUCUCAUACCUCACACUCGCUACACUCUGCAGAUCAACUUCUUAGCUCGGAAAAGACUCAUAUCUGAGGAGGGUGUUUUCACCAAAUUUUCAGCUUCUGGAGGAGAGGGCAUGAUCACAAUUCUGAGGAGAUCACUGUCCUCAGUAACAUACAGCUCCCUCUGUGUGCCWGAAGACAUUGCUGAGCGCGGACUGAAGGACGUACCAAACUUCUACUACAGAGAUGAUGCACUCAGAGUGUGGGACACUAUCAACAAUUUUGUGCGGGGUAUCCUGAGCUACUACUACAAGACUGAUGCUGAAGUUCAGCAAGACUCCGAACUUCAAAAGUGGAUUUUGGACAUUUUUGAACAUGGAUUCCUUUCCCAGCCUCGUUCAGGAAUCCCACAGAAACUUACCACAGUGGAUGAGCUCAUCAAGUUUGUCACCAUGGUGAUCUUCACCGGCUCAGCCCAGCAUGCUGCUGUGAACAGUGGACAGUUUGACUUUGGUAGCUGGAUGCCAAACACUCCAGUCUCCCUGCAACUGCCACCUCCUACCAAAAAAGGGGAAGCGACUGAAGAAACGAUGCUGAAAACACUGCCGGACGUCAACACCACAGUUCGGGGCAUGGCCACCAUGUGGCUGCUCAGCAGGCAGUCCAGUGACUUUGCACCUCUUGGCCAGUACCCCGAGGACCACUUCAGUGAGGAGACUCCACGGCAGAUGAUAGCGAACUUUCAAAAGGAGCUGGCGGCGUUGAGUGCAGCAAUCAAAGAGAGAAACAAGACUCUGGAGGUGCCGUACACAUACUUGGAUCCAGAGGAGGUAGAAAACAGUGUGGCUAUUUAGGGAAGUAAGAGAAGUUUCCUCUCAGUUUUCUUAGUUGAUAAUAAUCCCACACUGAUGUGCUUCAUGUUAUUUUAGGUGUAUUAUUGGAACUUUUUAUGAAUAUUUUUGGGGGGAGCAGAAAAUAAUUAUCAGGACCUGAUAAUUAUUUUCAAUUUUAUUUCAGUUUUGGUUUAAUGUAUAAUGCAGAUUUGAAUGCAAUGUUGUUAUUUGGGAUGCAUUCAGAGAAAUAUGGAGUCAGAGGAUUGAGUGUACCGACCCUAUAAAGUUUUUUUUCUCUCUUAUACGUAUGGUAAUGGAAUAACAUUCUACACCAAAGAGAAUAUCUAACAUUGUGUUUUGGAGACAUGUUUUGCAUAAGAGAUAUUUUUGCAACAGAAAACAAUUCUUCAGG